GUUUUUCAGUAUUCAAGGAAACCAGAUAUCCCUGUUUGAGUCUUCUCGAUAUUGGAACUAGUGUGAAUACAUUUGUUUUGUGUUGCUUUCAAGUCAUGUCAUCAAGACGGACUCGCAGUGGAACACCUUUAGGUGGAAGCUCUUCGGAAUCUCGUCGUUUGAGACAAACUCCUUCAAGGAAGCAGCAUCAGCAGAAAGCAGCGGAAGAAACAAAUGCUUCUGGUGUAGAAGGUGGCAAUAAUAAUAAGACUGAAUUUGGUCAAAAAGAAAUCUCUGAAAAGAAAUCUUUACAUGCCGAGCAGAAAGGUGUGAAUGGGUCGCCGGUAAAAAGCACUUCCCCUAAUCCAACUUCGAAUAUAUGGGAUAGACUAGAGGGCGCUCAAAAGGAAAAUAUUAAUCCCACUAAAAAAUGUUCUACUAAAUGUGCCACAAUAGGCGUUGAGUCAGAACAACGAACCUUGGAACCAGAAACCGCGAGAUCUUGUAAUGAUGCACCGGCAGCUGAAAUCCACAAGAAGAGCAGGAAGCCAGAAAUACUGUUAUCUCUCCUUGAAGGAGAACCCACUGUCCCUGUUUGUCUAAUAAGAGAAGAGAAUAGCAAUCAAAUCAAAGAUGUGGAGAACUGUAACCUGAAUAGCCGUGAAUGUAGAUCUGACACAUCUGACCGGAAGCAGACGACUAACGAUGAGAGCCUGUCCACCUUUCCUCUCGCUCAGCCGAUUUGCUUUUUCCCAAAUUGUGAUCACCGACAUGAACCACGUUCCGAUUUCUCGCACAUACCGGAAGUUCCCGGAGAGCCGUUUUUCGUUUCCUUGUCAAAAGAUAAAAAUAAGGAACUGAACAUGGUGAAGACGUCGUCCGGGAUGGUCAGAGUGGGUUGUGGGAUUCGACAGUUUCUGCCUGCAUCUCACACGUUCAGCGAUCCUUAUUCCAGGGAUGCAGCAUUUUCUAGCCAAGACCAAGUGGUUGGUAGAAACAAGUCUCAAAGUCCUCCUGUUAGAGGGGCUGCACCACUUUGCCCUUCGGAAGCAAGGGUCCACGUUGUGAGGAUAGAUAAAGAAAGUGGCAAGCGGGUGUCAAGGUGUAAAGAGAAACAUGACAAAGAUUCCAUUGGUAAAGGGGACUCUGAAACCAAGAAGAUAAUGUUGACAGACAGUCCAACUGAUUGGAGCCCUUCGGCUGAACAGAGCGAUCGCCUUUUGGAGCUUGAUUUUAAAAGACAUCCUUUUACUUCUGAGACAAAUGCCGAGGUUGUUAAUCCUCACCUGACCAAAUCUUUGAUGUCCAACAAAUCUUCGAAACACCCAAUUAUGGAAGAGAUUUUGACCGAGCAGCAACACUCAACAUGCAUGACCUCUGCUGCUAGUGCCGUCUGCAUCCAUGACAUGAGCACAGAAGAGAUGAGGCAGUCCAAGAAAACUAUAAGCCUCCUGAAGCCUCCGACUCUGUCCAACAGUACCAUGCCGUCCUUUUCAUCGGCACCGGCACUCACCACAGCGUCUCCGCUAAGCACUAUACUGACCUCCGUGGCCUCGCUAAUGCCGCCAGCUUUGGCUUGUGACGUCGAGCGCGAAAAUAAAAACUUAGUCAAGCGGAGCGAAAGAAUAAGGUGCAAGAGCGGGGUGAGCACGGCAGGCCUCAGUCAGUCUGUUAUUUCAACCAUGAAGCCGGUAGAUGCCAAGUCCAAAAUAAAAUCCUCCAUUCAAAAAAGUAAAAAGAAGUCGAAGCUAUCUAUAAGUAAGGAAAAUCAGAAGAAAAAAAAUGGAAGCUCGUCCAAAAAGCAUAAUUUCACUAAAAAGUCACUCAAAGAUUCUUCCAGAUCUAAAGUUACCAUGUCUCGUGAGGUCAUGGACGCUAUAGUCCAGUCUAUUGAAGAAACUGUAUCACGUGCUCGAGAAGAAAAGAACUCCUCAUCCACUGACCAGGUGCUCUCCAACAACUCAGACUACAAUGAGCUCUCGUCCAGUUUGAGCGAGAAUUCCAAGGAGAGCACGUGCGCUGACCAGUGGCCCGAAAACUCAUACGAUGAAGACGGGGACGAUUCCACCGAUGUUUCAUCUACCACAACAAAUGACUCUCACGUGCAUUCAAGUCGCAAAAGCCCGAAGGUAAAAUCCUUGACAAGCAAGCGAGCACGCGUAAAAAAGUCUUCCAUCAAAUCUAAAAAAACUGGAAAGCAUUCCCCUGGCUCGGGCAGAACGCCCAUUUCUAAGGAGAAAAUCAAGACAAUGGUCUCAGUGUGUGCAUCGUUGCCCCCCGUGGGCUCUGACAUUGAGGCUUCAGCCAAGGAAACCUCUAGCACGGAGACCGCCAACACGAGCACAGAGGGCGAGGUCAAGGCCGCUGUGACCUUGCCAGGCAAGAGAUUCAGAAAGAAGACGAGGAAAGCGGAGGAAGCUCUUGGAGACUAUGAUGUUUUCUGCGAGGAGGACUGGCCAGUCAAGAAGUCAAAGCCAAGGAAAAGAAGUAGCAGUAGCGAGUCCACUGGCAGCAACAAUCAGAGACGACCACGACGAUCUAGCCAAAUAUGUGGACUUAUGGCUGAUCCAGUCCUGGAGGAGCACGCCUUCAUAUUAUGGGCCAGUGAAAACCGCAGUCAGCUUGAGGUGCAGAACCCAGGGGCGUCCACCUGUGAGGUAGAUGCUAUGCUGUCUUCCCGCUGGUGUGACGUCACCGACACUGUGAAGUCCAGGUUCUUCUUCCGUGCGCGUGAAGCAUUCAGUGAUGAUGACCGUCACAUGAUCCGUACCAGUUCCAUGUCAGAGAUAGAGACGUCAGCUCUGGGCGAUUACUUCAGUGACAGCGACUCUGUGUUGAUUGAAUUCAUCAGACUGCCCAUAGACAGGCAGAGAGAGCUGCUCAGGAAGUGGCUCAAGUUCUUUCAGAAAAUGUUGCCCAAGAAGGAAUAUGUGGAGUUUAUCGUGACCUUCAAGCGAGCCUGCGGGAGCACCAAGUGUAACGGCAAGCCUAAGAGAACACGGAUGAGAUGCCUGGACCCGGCCCAUUACAAAAUGUUGUUUGACAUGAUUCGUCUGGCCAAACCAAGAGUGCUAGAGAUAUACAGGGCAAAGAAACUGAAGGAGAAGAAAAUGGUGUCCGAUACAUAUAGUAUGAUGCUUCAGAAGCUUAUCUACAAUGAUAUCUGGCCGCACACGAUGGUAGGCUGUCGCUCAGAGAUGCUGACGGAGAUCCUUCAGGAUUUAGACAUCCCCGACAGAGACAUCUCUCCAACUGCAUCGUCCACUAGUUUGAUGCUCGCCGAGGGAAUGCCCAGUAGUGACGUAGACGAGGUAGUUAGGGCAGACGUGGGUGACGCGGGCUUGGAGCAAGGGCGUGAUACCAGGGUGCAUAUCACCGUUGUGAACAAGAUGCCUCAGAUACUGGAGUUUAAACUGGACCAUGGCGGGAACGAUUUCAGUUUUGAUGAAACAGAUUAUCCCUUGCUGAAUACAGACCUGGCCUUGUCUUUGUUAUCAAGUGUGAACGAGAUCAAGGAAUUGCCUCACAUAGACCAGCAAACUUUAGAUCAAAUCUUCCUAGCCCCUCCGCGUAUGUCAGUCACGCCAAGCCCUCAGAGGCGAACUAUCAAUCCAUACGGGCGGCGGUUGGACAACCUGACCGCCCACCUCUCUCCCUCGAUCACCGGGCCUGGGUGCCCACCUCGCCUGCUGUCUAGCGAGACCGUGUCCUACUCCAAGAUGAAUCUCAACUACACUUCCACCAAGCUGACUUCUUCCCCCACCAUGGUGAUCCAGCACAUGCGCCCCACCCUGUCAACCAGCACGACACUGCCUCACAAGUACAUCCAGCAAAGGGGGGAGUCUGCCCCUCCCAUAUCUCCGGCACGCAGUGUGUGCUGCAGGAAAGAUUCCCCGAUGGAUAUGCACUCUUACAGCAUCACGGUAGAAAGCAUGGUGCAGAACCACCUCGAUUCCCCCAUGCCUAAGUGCAUCAAGAUUGACCCCUUGGCUUUAUCCUCACAGACCAAAGUCAGACUGCAAUCCUUGCAGCUUCCCGUCACCUCCAGAAUUCAUCCGAAGUCUAAACUUCACCCUCGCGUGGUGCCCGUCUCCUGCGGAUUCCAACAGAGAUUCGCUGGCCAGUUGUUCAGUUCCGCCAACACCAGCUUUCUAGACAAAAUCAACCCGCAUCACAUGUGCAACAUGGCGCCUUCUACCACCGGAAAUACUCCAAGCAGCAGUUCCAGAUUGUACUCUCAAUCUAUUGGAGCGAUGACUGCACAGAGCCCUCUGAUCACGUCCCUCUCCCCCCUACGUAACAUCAAGUACACUCAGGCCACGCAGGUGUACAGCUCGCAUUGCCAAAUGAUGCCCUACCGUCCCAGAAUGCAGAUAACCGCAGGGACAGGCGGGAUAGGCUCCAGGAGGACUGCUCACACCAUACCUCUGGGAACAACUCUGAAGGCAGGUGCGACAAGGGCACAGGGAGGCUUACAUCAAAUUAAAGUCUGCCUUCCUACACAGUCGCUAAAAAUCCCCAUCGCUAAACUGCGUGGGUCCAGAAAAACCUCUUAUGUGAAGGGGAAGCUGAAAAACUUUGGUCUUCAGACGAACCCAUUUGAGCCGUACACCACACUGACUUCUAGUUCCCAGUCUGCUCAGUUAAACAACAGAUCCGGCACUCCCACCAGUUUGUUAACCAAGGUUCUCAACCUUCAAGUGAAGAACGAGACCGUGCACAGUAGCAUGUCCGUUGACGGCCUCCCUUGCACCAUGUCCAGGCCAGCAACGUCAGCCUUCAUUGGCACCAUGAGACCGGUCGGGUCCCAGUCCGGCCACAAGUCGGGCUCCCAAGUGCAGCUCAUAUCUAUGGUCACCAGCUCCGGGCAUUCAUCUGAGCUCAGGUCGACACUUUCGCCUCAAACUGCUGUAGUAGUCAGCCCUUUAUCUUUAAGCCGAAACUCUUUGGUCAGCCAUUCGUCCACAUCUACUACGUACACUUCAUCGACCUCGGUCUCUGCUAGUCAGUUCUUGGACCUACCUUGCACCAUUCAUUCAGCUGGUGGACAUAUCAAAAGAACAAACGUGGGAAGGGUGAUCAGCCUCGAUAGCGUGCAGAGAUCGUAUGAAAGAGAUAUAGCUAAAGUCAUUCCCAUCAAUAGAGCUGCCACAGAAAUUGGACGCGAAGGUGGUCACGUGAUCCAGCAGAGGAGAUGCACUGACAGCGAGUCACCUGUCGAAUUUAUCGUCGUCGGCACAUGCACGGCAGAGACUGAGGUCUGCAAAGAAAUGACAGGCGUUGAUGAGGGGUGCCGCACUGCAGGUCAGAACGGCAUGUCUACUGUUAUUAAGAAAGUGAACGACACAGACGGGGUUGACAAGUCCAUUACUGUUGGAACGGUGGACUCUAUGGUUUUGGUUGACAACGAAUCGAUGAAUUCAUCCUUUGAUACAGAGGGUAGAGUUGAAGCGAAAGACGUGUAUUUCUACGCUCACGAGUCUGAAGGUCAAUGCUUGGAAGCUUCGACUCAAGACCGGGAACACCAUGAUGUGAUGUCGGAUGAUCACAUCAACGAGUAUCAUUUCAACAGCGAUGAACUGCAGCACGAUUUGACGUCUGGUACGUGGCGGAAAAUAACCGGACUAGGAGAGGAGAUCGGGGAUCACGUGAUCAAAGAUGAUAACCAGAGCAAUGCUUCUGGGCACAGCAUUGAGGUGGAGCAUGGGGCAAGCGGCGCCCAUUGUGAAGAAAAGAAACAAGUAGAGAAACAGAAGACAAUUUGUGCAGACAAUGAUCGGGCCGGGGAUGUCCCAGAUUCUAAUCAUAGCCUGCACAAUACUACUUCUGUUAGUUCCCCAAUACAUGUAGCCUCUGUUGACAAUGAAGAUCAAAGCAUCGUUAGACAGCUUGAAACCUGCGACAGAAUCAACAAGGUAACCGCAUGCUACGCCCAUGCCCGACCGGAAACAAGUUGUAUUCUAGUUGAAAAUCUGGGACCCAAAGGGAACCCUACAGUAUCUCCCCCUGCUACCAAGAUAUUAGUCUCAGCAUCGCCGUCCCUAACGUAGUCCAAGUCUACCAUUUCGUGACUAGUUCUACUCCAGUGUCGGGGAAUCAAGGCCUUCAGAAAAAUACUUUCCCAUUUUGAAUGUCAUGCUGUCGGUUCGACAUAACUCAAGACGACCACAGUGUCCAUUGUCCGAAAAAAAAAAUAGUUCGCUUUAUCCUCAAAUGGAUCUUCCUUUCUUGUAUGAA